AUGGCUGACUUCACAUUGCACCGGGCGCCCCCUUUCCGGGCAGAGCAAAUGGGAUCACUGCUUCGCCCCCAAAAGCUCCUCGAUGUCCGGGCCGCCAUACGGGACAAAAACCUCUCCCCAGAAGAAGCAGGUCUUCCUGCCGUUGAGAAGGAGUCCAUUGGAGAGAUCGUCAAGACGCAGCUCUCGUUGGGCUUCAAAGCCGUCACCUCGGGCGAAUACAGCCGAACACGCUUCUGGGGAUUGUUCUGGGAUGAGCUGGAAGGCACCAAGCGCCUACAGGAUGCCGAGGCGAGCAUGUUUCGCCUGUAUCACCCCGAUGUGGUCUCUUUGAUCGAGAAGGAUCGAAAAGUCAUGCCUGGGGACAGUGUGAUUGCUGGUGCCAAGAUCAGACAUGCCGGCACAGAGUCAAAUCUCCACGAGCUGCGGCUGGUACAGGCUUUUGUCCCGAAGGAAGAUUGGGGCAAUAUCAAGCUCACCAUGAUUACACCGUCUUGGUUCCACAUGCGGUACAAACAAGGACGCGCAUACACGCCGGAAGCAUACAAGAACGAUGCCGAGUACUUCAAGGACGUUGCGGCGGCCUAUUCAAAAGAGCUUGAGGUUCUCUAUGAAGCUGGUCUGAGAAAUGUCCAAUUCGACGACCCGAAUCUGGCAUACUUUUGCUCUAAGCAAUUCCGAGAUGGCUGGGCACAGGAUUCCGACAACAUCGGCUCCGUCGAUGACCUUCUUGACGCCUACAUCAAUCUCUAUAACGACUCGAUAUGCAAGUGUCCACCCGAUAUGCACACCGGUGUCCACUUGUGCCGGGGAAAUUUUAUCGGCGGGCGGCAUUUUGCAGAGGGAGCGUACGACAUCAUAGCCAGCAAACUGUUCCAAAAUCUCAAUGUCAACACCUUCUACCUGGAAUACGACACUGAACGGGCGGGUGGAUUUGAACCCCUGAAACACCUGCCGAAGAACAAGAACGUGAUCAUCGGUUGCAUCAGUACGAAGCUGAGGAAAUUGGAAGACAAGGAAGAAAUGAAACAAAGAAUUUAUAAGGCGGCGGAGUACGUCGCCGAGGGAUCGAAUCAAUCGAGGGAAGAAGCUCUCAAGAGAAUUGGAAUCUCUCCCCAGUGCGGGUUCAGCACUCAUGAGAGCGGGUACCCCUUGAGCCAAGAGGAUCAAGAGAACAAGUUGAAGUUGAUCAGGCAAAUCGCAGAUGAGAUCUGGGGGGAGCCGUGA